UCUAAAAAUCAAUUUAGGACUAGAAUUGUGAUUAGGGUUAAUUAUUAGAGGUGCCAGUCUAGAGUCCACGGUUCGAUACUCGGUCUUGCUAGUUAUACUACUUUCACGUCCGGUUCACUUGCCGUUGUGUGUAGUUAGUGAGUUCCACUUUUAAAACUUGGUCAUAAAAAUUAAUUGCAAAAAUCACACAUCAAGUUUUUGGCGCCGUUGCCGGGGACUUUUUUUAGGCACUUUUGAGAACGACCUUAGUCAUAUUUUUUGUCUUUUUAUUUGCUUUCUAGUUAUUUGCCUUGAGGUGCCCUUGCUUUGAUUGCUAAUUGCUAUUUGUGCCCUUAGGUGUUAGGUCGUCUUUAUUUUUAUUUAUUUUUAUUAUUUUUUUUAGCAUAGUCGUAAUUUUUAUUUAGUUAUUUUUUUUCCGCCAGUUUAUGCCCCAUACUCGUUCACAGGGACCACCUGAAUUUUUUGCUUCAUCUGAACCCGAACGAGAGUUGUUUGAGCGUCUUAGCCAGCAUCAGAAGCGUAUUAGUAGGAUCACCGACAAAAAGGUACUCAUUCCUAUUCCUUUUCCUACAGUUGCUAUGGGUGAUAAUCCUGCUAGACGCACUGUGAACCAGCAUGCCACUGAAGGCUUCACCGGAGGCCGAACUUCCAUCACGACACCCGAAGCACCCGCUAACCAGAAUUGGCAGAUCCCCUCCCAUAUCAUGACCACAAUUUCUAAUAGUGCUCAAUUCCACGGUCUGGAGGACGAGGAUGCACCAGGCCACAUCACCCGAUUCUUGCGUAUCUGUAGCACCUUCAAUCUUCAUGGUGUUACCGCUGAUGCAGUUUAUCUGCGCUUGUUUCCCUUUUCCCUUUCUGGUCGAGCUGCAACUUGGCUCGACACUUUGCCUCAAAAUUCUAUCACUACUUGGGAGAUUCUGAAAUCUAAAUUCUACAAGAAGUACUACCCUCCAUCCAAGGCCGCACGCCUUCGAGACCAGAUCCAUUCGUUCCGUAUGGAUCCCGAGGAGCCUUACUACAUGGCAUGGGAGCGAUUCCAAACCUUGCUUAGCAAGUGCCCCCAACAUGGUCUUUCUGAAUGGGCUCUAGUGGAGAAAUUUUAUAAUGGUCUCACUCCUGAUACUCAACUGAUGUUUAAUACUGCCGCUGGGGGUUGUAUAAUGGACAAAAAGGACCCAACUGAGUGUGAGGAAAUGUUUGAGAGUUUUGCUAUGGCCGGUCAGCAGAGCCAUCCUGCGAGGAAUUCCAUUCCUUCUACUAGGACCACCUCCUCUGCUAAAGGUGUGUAUCAGGUCACUCCUGACACUAGUUUGGCUGCUGAGUUAGAGGCUUUGAAGAGGGAGAUGAAGUUGAAGGAUCGAAAGUGUGAGAUAUGUCGUGGAGGACAUGAGACAGCUGAUUGCCCCGUGAGAUCACAAGAAGAGGUCGACUAUAUUUCCAACCCGAAUAAUCGUUUCCAAAAUGCUUCAUUUAAUAAUUCUUAUAAUUCGGGUUGGAAAAAUCAAUCCAACUGGAGGUCGGGAGGAAACCCACCAGGGUUCCAACAACAAUCUUCAAGUGGAUCAUCAUCUGGUACUGAGUUCAAGGAGCUGAAGGACAUUCUACUUGCUCAAAGUCAACAGCUGAACCAGUAUAUGACUUCGAAUAAUCAGCGACACGAGGAACACGAUCGUAUGUUUAAAAAUCAGGGAGCUUCGCUGCAGAAUUUGGAGAGGCAGAUGGGGGAGAUGGCGAGACAGUUACAGCAGAGGCCACAAGGUGGAUUACCGGGUAACACCGUUCCUAAUCCUAAUUCUCAUGCUCAUGCUAAGGCUGUCAUGACUCGGAGUGGCAGAGGGGCCACAGUUGAUCAACCGGUGGUAGAUGAAGAGCCGGUUGAUGAGGAGAUAGAGAUGGAGACUCCCACUGGCAAAGUGCAACCCAGGCUAGCCCCAGCAAGUACCGCACAGUCCAGUGAGUCUCAGAAGAAGAAGAAGGAGCCCGUUCGUGAUUAUUCUUCUAUUCCUUUUCCGGGCAGAUUUAAGAGAGAGAAGGAAGCGGAGCAGUUCUCUAGAUUCUUAGGUUUGUUUAAGCAGCUCCAUAUUAAUCUUCCUUUCGUAGAGGCGCUAGCUCAUAUGCCUAAGUAUGCCAAAUUUCUGAAAGACAUUCUUACUAAUAAGAAGAAGCUGGAGGAGUUAUCACAUGUGUCCUUGAGUGAGGAGUGCUCAGCAGUUCUUCAGAAUCGUCUUCCCAAGAAGAUGACUGAUCCGGGAAGCUUUACUAUUCCAUGCUUGAUUGGUGAUCUAUCAGUCAGCAAUGCUUUGGCCGACCUGGGAGCUAGCAUAAAUUUGAUGCCCUAUGCAGUGUUUGCUAAGCUCAACCUAGGCGAGCCUUCUCCUACUCGUAUGAGUCUGCAGCUCGCAGAUCGGUCAGUGAAAUAUCCGCGAGGGAUUGUGGAGAACAUGUUAGUGAAAGUCGACAAGUUUGUCUUCCCUGUUGACUUUGUGAUCUUAGACAUGGAUGAGGAUGCUCAUGUACCAUUGAUUCUAGGUCGACCAUUCCUAGCUACCGCGAGAGCAUUGAUCGAUGUUUAUGACGGUAAGCUAACACUUCGCGUAGAGGAUGAUAUGGUCACAUUUGAUAUCAAUAGGUCGAUGACUCAUCCUAGAGAGCACGAUGAUACUCUCUACUUCGUUGACACCAUCAUGUCACAUGUGGGUCAUUGUUUGAGUAAGGUUUGUGGGCGUGAUGCUUCGGACACGCAGAUUCUGGAUACGGUUAUCUCGGAGGUUGAGAUGACUACUACAUCAUAUGGGGAGUCCGAGAGUCAUUCUGAGGUUUUUGAGGUAGUUGAGAGGAAGGAGCCUGAGGAGAGGCCAUCUGUGGAGAGUCCCCCGUCCCUGGAGCUGAAAGAUUUGCCAUCUCAUCUGGAGUAUGCCUUUCUGGAUGAGGGUUCUCAGUUACCUGUCAUCAUCUCUUCAGAGUUGACAGAGGAGGAGAAGGCGAAGUUGAUGGGUGUGCUUAAGGCACACAAGCAGGCGAUCGCGUGGAAGCUCGUUGACAUAAAGGGUAUUAACCCUUCGUUCUGCACACAUAAAAUUCUGAUGGAGGAUGAGUUUAAGCCCGUAGUUCAGCCGCAGCGCCGACUAAACCCAAACAUGCAGGAUGUGGUAAAGAAGGAGGUGAUAAAAUUGUUAGAUGCAGGCCUGAUUUACCCAAUCUCUGAUUCUGCAUGGGUUAGUCCAGUUCAGGUGGUGCCUAAGAAAGGAGGCAUGACAGUGGUUCCAAAUGAGAGGAACGAGUUGAUUCCCACCAGGACUGUUACAGGCUGGAGAGUCUGCAUCGACUAUCGCAGACUUAAUGACGCCACGAGGAAAGACCAUUUUCCUCUUCCUUUCAUUGACCAGAUGCCGGAGCGUCUGUCAGGACAGCAGUUCUACUGUUUCCUUGAUGGCUUCUCAGGUUAUUUCCAGAUCCCCAUUGCACCGGAGGAUCAGGAGAAAACCACUUUUACAUGCCCGUACGGUACCUUUGCUUAUCGCCGUAUGCCUUUCGGGUUAUGUAAUGCUCCAGCCACAUUUCAGCGUUGUAUGGUGGCGAUAUUUCAUGAUAUGAUCGAGGACUCGAUGGAGGUAUUUAUGGAUGAUUUUUCUGUUUUUGGGAGUUCCUUUGAUCAGUGUUUGCGAAAUCUUGAUCGUAUGUUGGAUCGAUGUGAGGAGACAAAUUUGAUGUUGAACUGGGAGAAAUGCCACUUCAUGGUGAAGGAGGGCAUAGUUUUGGGUCAUAAGAUUUCACGGGCGGGUAUUGAGGUCGAUAGAGCUAAAAUCGACGCGAUUUCUAGACUUCCACCGCCAACUUCUGUGAAGUCUGUUCGUAGUUUUCUAGGCCACGCGGGAUUUUACCGUCGGUUCAUCCGUGAUUUUUCUAAGAUUGCGAGGCCUAUGACCCGGUUAUUGGAGAAGGAUGUUCCCUUUGAUUUUUCUGAGGAGUGUGUGAGGGCGUUUGAGUUUCUUAAGGAGAAAUUAGUGAGUGCGCCGAUUCUUAUUGCUCCUGAUUGGAGUCUUCCUUUUGAGAUUAUGUGUGACGCGAGCGAUUUCGCGGUUGGAGCUAUUCUAGGACAGCAUAGAGAGAAGCGAUUUCAUCCCAUUUACUACGCGAGCAAGACCCUGAAUGACGCCCAGCAGCAUUAUACCACCACUGAGAAAGAGCUCCUGGCAGUUGUCUUUGCUCUCGAUAAAUUUCGUUCCUACCUGGUCCUUUCUAAAGUCGUCGUCUACACCGAUCACGCGGCAUUGAGGCAUUUGUUUGCGAAGAAAGACGCAAAACCGCGGUUAAUUCGGUGGAUCCUACUCUUGCAGGAGUUUGAUCUUGAGAUUCGGGAUAAAAAGGGAGUUGAAAACGCUGCAGCAGAUCAUUUGUCUAGACUUGAGAAUCUCGAGAGUGAUGAGAGUGAUGAGGAUGAGAUUGGCGAUAGUUUUCCUCAUGAGACUUUGAUGUUUGUGAAACCUGAGGAUGAGGGGAUGCCUUGGUAUGCUGAUAUAGUGAAUUAUUUAAAGGAGAAGGUGAUACAGCCGGAGAUGUCUUUCCAUCAGAAGAGGAAGCUGAUAGCGGACUCGAAGUAUUACUUUUGGGAUGAUCCGCAUCUUUUUCGUGUUGGAGUUGAUCAGGUUGUGAGGAGAUGCAUUGCUGGAGAGGAGCGUAUGCAGGUUCUCAGGCAUUGUCACGAGGGGCCUACUAGAGGACAUUAUGGAGCUUCUUACACCGCGAGGAAGGUGUUGGAUUCUGGAUUCUAUUGGCCGACAGUGUUUCGAGAUGCUCAUGAGUUGGUUAGGAGCUGUGAUGCUUGUCAGAGAGUAGGUAAUAUAUCAUCCCGAAAUGAGAUGCCCCAAAAUCCUAUGCAGGUAGUGGAGGUUUUUGAUAUAUGGGGUAUUGAUUUCAUGGGUCCGUUCCCGAUGUCUCGAGGGAACCGAUACAUCCUCGUUGCUAUAGAUUAUGUGUCAAAAUGGGUAGAGGCUCAAGCCUUGCCUAAAAAUGAUGCGAGGGUUGUAGUGAGAUUUUUGAAGAAAUUGUUUGCUCGCUUUGGUACCCCAAGGGCGCUUAUCAGUGAUAGAGGUACCCACUUUUGUAAUGCCCAGAUGGAGAAGGCAUUGAAACGCUAUGGUGUCACUCACCGGCUUUCAACUGCCUAUCAUCCACAGACGAGUGGGCAAGUGGAGAACACUAAUCGGGGUAUUAAGCGGAUUUUGGAGAAAACUGUCGGACAGAAUCGACUGGAUUGGUCUGAUAAGUUAGAUGAUGCAUUGUGGGCUUUCCGGACUGCAUUUAAGACUCCUAUAGGUACUACACCUUUUAGGAUGGUUUAUGGGAAGGCUUGUCAUCUACCGGUGGAGUUGGAACACCGCGCAUAUUGGGCGUUGAAAGCAGUUAAUCUGGAUAUGGAUAGUGCGGGUAAACAUCGGUUUCUCCAGUUGCAUGAGUUAGAGGAGUUAAGAGAUGAGGCGUAUAUGAGAUCACUAGGCUAUAAGGAGAAGAUGAAGAGGCUACAUGAUAGUAAGCUGAGAGGAAAUAAGGAGUUUCACCCGGGAGACAAAGUCCUUCUUUUUAAUUCUAGAUUAAGAUUGUUCCCGGGUAAACUUAGGUCUAGGUGGUCAGGACCGUACAUAGUUGUUCAGGUUUUUCCAUAUGGUACGGUUGAGUUGAAGAGUGGGGAUGGUAAGACGUUUAAGGUGAAUGGUCAUCGUCUAAAGCACUAUAUCGAGGGAACAGGAGAGGAGAGAUUGGUGGAGGAGCUUGACCUCCCAUUAGUUGGUGCUUGAGAGUGAGCUGAGAGUGUGUUUGUAGAGUUUGUACAUUCUAGUUACUGUUUUGUUUUUAUUUUUUUUUACAUUUUUAGUCUUGUUGAGUCAGUCUUUUAUUUUGAGUCAGUUUUACGCCUGGGUUUGUUUGUUCUAUGAUGUGCAGGUUUACUUGACCCACCCGUACUCAAUCUCCAUUCGGGUGGUGAUUUUGGAGCCGUAAUCUUUUUGUAAAGGCAACCCAAGUGUACCAGUUUGUCAGAGAUGAUCGCGAAUGGAAUGCUAUACGAUCAUAUUUGGUUGGAAUGAAGACACGCACAGCUGGCACUGAUUUUUAUCCUAACCAGCUAAGUCUUUUCCAAUUCUUGUUGUUUCUAUUGUGUAUAUUAUUUUAGGUUUUUUUUCCUUAUUUGCUUUUAGUUAGUUUUCCAUCCACAUUGAGGACAAUGUGAGAUUUAAGUGUGGGGAUGGGAGACUACGUCUUCUUAGGUAGAUUUGAGUCGAAAAAUAAAAAAAAAAUUGAAAAAAAAAUUGAAAAAAUAGAAAAUGUUCCUGAAAAUUUUGCAAAUAAAUGGAAAAUGAUAGAAAAAUUGGGAUUUUUGGUUUUCAAAAUAUUAUAUAUAAGAGAUAAAUAUAGAUAAAAGAUGUAUUUCCGGGAUGUACUGGUAGGCCCAGCCAACUUAGAGGGUUCCCUAGAUUGUUCUUAAGAUUACCUAAUUUUAAAUCAUGAAAUCUUGUGGGUUCUCAUCUUAGGAGAUAUAGAAAAGCCGAAACUGUUGAUAGUAUAAAAGGAACCACUAUAAGUAAAUAACCUAUAAGUAUUUUUAAUUAAAUUGGCACACCUUAUCCUUUUUAUGAGAAUAAAUCCGGAUUCUGGUGGCGCCCAAAAAAAAAAAAGAAAAAAAAUCCAUCAUCCAUCUAUAUGAGCAAAAAAAAAAAAAAAAAAAAAAAAUUGUGAGGCUCAUGGUGUUUCCCACUGGGAUAGCGACUUGGUGAUAAUACCCUCUGAGUUGAACAUAGAAAAAAAAUGAUAAAGCUCAUAAUCAUCAUCCAUCAUUCCAUCAUAACUUUAAUUUUAAAUACAUAAGGGUUAUUUAUAUAAAGUGGUAGAUUUUUAAUCUUUUCCUUAUAAGCUUGAUAUGGGAUUAGGUGGAUUUGUGGACCUUAAGUGUGAGACCCUUAGAUGAAUUGUUAACUUGAACAUAAUGAUAGCAUGAAAGGGGCUUGAUGAGUUGGCGGUUGGGUUUAAGUGGAUAAUAAUACCGGUAAUCGUGGUUAUACGUGUUUUUGUCUUUUAAUAAAAAAAUCUAAAGUUUUUGAAACCAAUUAUCCUAGUUAUGAUUCCAUUGCAAAGUUUUUUUUUCGGGACGAAAAAAGUUCAAGUGUGGGGAUAU